AUGGACUCGAUAAUCGAAACUCAGCGAUCAGCACACGAAGAGAUAGAGCGAUAUGAACAGGCCCUGUCGGAGGUCCUUCUUCAGAAUCCUACUGCUCAAAAAAACAUAACUAGAAGAGAUAGGAAAGCAGCCGAGGUGUUAGAUCGAAUAGGAGGAUUAAGGAAAGAAUUAGUCGAUUUUUACGAAGAUUUACCUGGAUUGAGACCCAAAGAGUUAGAAUUGUUAUCCGCUCCAGCACCAGGGGAAGAUGACUUGGCGGAAUUUUACGUUAGGUAUAACAAAAUUAAAGAUUUUCAUCAGCGAAACCCAGGUAUGAGUAGUAGACAAUUUAUCAAUCAGGUGGAUGACUUGGUCAAAGGAGAUGGAAUUCAAAGUUUUACGGUGGAAGGUGAUGAAGAGCCUACUAUCAUCGAUCCACUGGACAGUGUAUUCUCUGGAGAAGAAUCACACGGAAAGUACCUCGACCUGUACCUAAAUCACUCACAAUACAUGAAUCUCCGAGGUGCCACCCGAUUAAGUUAUCUGGCAUAUCUGGAAAUGUUAAAAUCGGGCAAAGUGGAGAGAACGUUGGACUUGAAAGAGAAAUCCACACAAGGGUAUCUGGAAUAUGUUCAAACGCUGUAUAACUACCUGUUAUCGUUCUUCGAAAGGGCUUUACCGUUGGUCAAUGUUCAAGCGAAAUUGAAAGAGGAAGAAGAGAAAUUCAAGAAUGAUUGGGCAGAAGGCAAAGUACCUGGAUGGGAAGCUGAGAGUAGUACCUCUAAGAAGCAGGGUAAUGUCAAUGGAAAUGGGGAAGGUCUAUGGUGUCAAUAUUGUCAAAAGAGCUAUUCAAAACAGACAGUAUACGAUGCGCAUCUAAAAUCCGACAAACACAAAAAGAAGGAACAAGCUGCCAAAUCAUCUUCCAACCAUACCACUAAUGGAUCUCCCGCUCCUAACCCAGCAGCGUCAACAUCGACAUACCGAACUAAGUUGGAACAGCCAGCACGAUUGGCAUAUUUGGUUCAGGUAUUGUUGACUUUCCCACCUAUACCUGGAAAAUUAGCAGACACAAGGACAGAAACUGAGAGGAAGAUGGCUUUGACCGCUAGAGAGAGAGAAACAGAGUUGGAAGAGCAGGAAGAGGCUCCACCCGUUCCUGUGGAUCUAGGAAAUGAUGAAGAUGAUGAUGAGGAUGACGAAAAGAUAUAUAACCCGCUGAAAUUACCUCUAGGUUUUGAUGGAAAGCCGAUUCCAUACUGGUUAUUCAAGUUACACGGUCUUGGAGUUACAUUUGAAUGCGAAAUCUGCCAACAAUCGAUGCAAGGUCGACGUGCAUUCGAUAAACACUUUACAGAAGGUAAACACUUGUUGGCAUUACGUGCUUUAGGUAUUCCCUCUAGCGCUCAGAGGCAUUUCCUCAAUAUCACUACCAUCUCAGAUGCCAUGGCUCUUGCGGAUAAGUUGAAGAGAGAAGGACGUAAAUCAAUUACAGAGAAUGAAAGGGCUGAGGAAUUUGAGGAUGAAGAAGGGAAUGUGUAUGAUAGAAAGACAUAUUUCGAUCUGAAGAAACAAGGGUUAUUAUAA